AUAACUUUGACCUGGUGCAUCGGUCUGCUGGUCAGCCACAACUGGUCAAAGUCCCAACAGGUAGUAGGUUGUAGCUGUUCUCCUUUUUGCUUUUAACACAGUUUCUACACAAGGAAACAGGCGAUCGAAGAAGAUGAAGAUGGGUCCAACAUCAUCUCAAGUUAUGUCGAGGUUGAACCUGCAACCAAACCCAGAAGGUGGUUUUUACGCAGAAACAUUCAGAGACUUUUCCGUUAACCUUUCCACUUCUCAACUUCCCCCUCGAUACAAGGUCGGUCGUCCGAUUAGUACAGUCAUAUACUUCCUGCUUCUAACCGGGAGUGUAUCUCACCUCCACCGUCUUCCAAGUGCAGAAACAUGGCACUUCUACAUGGGUGAACCUCUAACGAUAUUGGAAAUGUAUGAGAAAAAUGGAAGUGUCAAAUUAACGACCAUCGGACAAGAUAUUGGGGAAAACCAACGACUGCAGUAUACGGUGCCACCGGAUGUGUGGUUUGGUGCGUUCCCUACAAGAGACUACAACGUAUCGACGAUGGAUUAUUCAGUCGUGAAAAAUGCAGCGAGGGAUGCAGAGAAACAUUUUUCGCUGGUGGGAACCACGGUUGCGCCUGCUUUCGAGGUCGACGACUUUGUGCUGGCUAAUCGUUCUCAACUCGUUUUCUUCUUUUCCUGCUCAUCAAUCGCUUCUUUCUAUGAUCACACCUUCUGGUUAGAAGGGACCACGUCCAUGUAUUUUAGGGUACUUGAUUCGGAUCAUGUGUAAAAUACUAAAAUUUACCAAUUGCGACUUAUUUUACCAAGGCAACAUGUGCGGGAAUAAAAUU